GUACAGUGCCUCUGCGGCGUUGAGAGACAGCGAGGAGAAAGGAGGGGAUAGGGACUCUGUCUGCUUUGAAAAAAAAAAAAAAGCUCAGCUUUUUCUCUUUUUCAUUUGUGAGAAAGAAAAGGAAAAUACUUAAAUACGAUUUUUUAAAUCCAGAUACUCUUUAAAGCACCGUGGUGCGUCUGGAUCAAAGUGGGAUAGGUGGAUUCAUCAGAAGAGAGGAGGGUUUCUGAUCUGAUGCUUUUUGGAAAUGAUUCAAACAAUAAAUGCUAAUGAAGGAGAAGGAAGCUGACUUAGGAGGAUUCAUCAUUUGCUUUCUUCUAAUUGACUUUAUUUGUUCUGGCUCCUUCAAAUCUGAGCUCAUCAAGAAAAACUAAUUUAUUCACUGCAGGAGGAAUUCUUACUUUAAAGUUAAUUGACAUCUAAAAGAAUAAUUAUAAAAACUAAAUUUCCAUUAAGGAAUGUGGAGACACUCUGUUGCAAAAUAAGCUUCCGGUCUGAUCUGCACUUUUUGUUGAAUUUUUGUGGCAUUUCUUGAUAUAACCGAGAGUGGAUGAUGGCCAUCAACACCGACACCGACUUCCAGAAGUCCAACCUUGGCGCUGAUGGAGGAGGAGGAGGCGCUCCGCCCGCGGACUUCCAGGAGACGGAGAAACUCCUGACGGUGACCACCGAGCCCGGAGGGAACGGGAUGAAAAUGUCCACCUCCUUCACUGUGCCCCCCGAUAAGGCCCUGGAGGCAGAUCAGAACGGCCACAGCGUCGGUCUGAGGUCGGGCUCCGUCGGGCAGCUGUCCGCCGCCGGCCACCUGUCUCCAUCCAGGGCCAGCCUGAGCCGCUCCUCCACCGGGAACGCCACCGUCCCGGAGACCCCGAAGCCCAAGGAUUACCUCAUCCUGGUCAUCCUGUCCUGCUUCUGCCCAGUUUGGCCCGUCAGUAUUGUAGCACUGGUGUACUCAGUUAUGUCUAGAAACAGUCUCCAGAAUGGGGAUAUAGAUGGAGCCAGGAGGCUGGGUCGACUGGCUCGUCUGCUGAGCAUCGUCUCCAUUUUCCUGGGAGUUCUCAUCAUUGUCGUCUAUACCUCAGUUCACUUCACAGCUUUAAAAUAACAACCUGGAGGAGCAAAUGUUACGUCGAAGCCAAACCACAGAAGCAACAAAGAAAAAAGGACUGCUCAAACAAAAAUGGAGUACCCUACUUUAUGCCAAGAAGUUACAGCAUCAAAAUUAACUUCAGGUAGCAAAAAAUGUUGGCCAGUCAUGAACAGCGGCCUAAAAACAAAGAAGCAAAUAAAAGUAUAUAUCACUGACAGAUGCAUGCAUUAGAACCCAGUAACAUUUGCCUGACAGAAUAUCUUCAUAUUGAAUUGUUCAAGUUUAAGAAAAAGGAAGGACUGAAUGCAGAUCUGUGUGAUUAUUACAGGAGGCUACAUGUUUGUUUUUCCCUUUGUGAACAAUGGACUUUUGGAUGUGAAGGUGAAGAUUUGUGUAUGUAGAGCAGAUAAAUGAUGGAUUUUCUAUCAGGCUCCUUCAAAGAAAAAUCUAUGAACUUAAGAUGGCUCGUUUAAUCUUCAUAUAUAUUCUAAAUGAUCCUCUUGCAUUUGAAGCAUUAUACAGGAAAUAAUAUAUUUGAAAUAUGGAAAUGUAUUAUUGAAUAGAAGAUAUUGAUUUUAUAAGAUGUUUGUAUCCAAAGUGUUAUUAAGUUUGUUAAAGCUGUCCUUAUAGCUGCUUCGCCAGCAAUUGGAAAAAAAAAGAAAUCCCCUCGAAAUUCAAGAGUUUGUUACAGAAAAAUUGGUUCUUUUUGUCUCGUCGUAUGAUUUGGUUUACCAGUUUAAAAAAAAAAGAGACAACAACUGCAUGCCAGAAUGUAAAUAGCCCAACACUCUGCCUUCUUUUAGACUGUUAUAGGUUUUUUUUUCUAUCUUUUAGGAACAAGCACUUUUGCACAUGAAACAGUUAUUUGUGUAUUUUCUUUCCUUGGAUAGUUAUCAUCACGUUAGUCCUGCCACCAUUUACAAAUCAAGCCUAUAGUACAAACAUUGUUCUUCCCAGUUUCAUCUGUCCUUCAAUCCUUUCAGAUGCUUUUAUACAUUUACAAAGUUUCUAGGCAUUAUACAUUGCUAUACCUUGACUGUUACAACCCGUUCAAUCAUUGAAUGUUUCAUUCCUCCUUGUAUGGGUAUGUAAUGUAUUUAUAUAUAUAUAUAUAUCUAAAUAUAUAUAUGCAAUAUCUUCGCAUGUAAUGGGCCUAACAGCCUGAUAAGCACUUAUUUUUGUAAAAGAGCAAGUGUACGAGUUUGCCUAAGAACAACUUGCAUUUAAGAAGUCUUACUUAAAAUGAUGGCAUGACAAAUUGUCUGGAUUUGUCACUUUAAGAAAAACCUGUAUGUUUAGACAUAUGUAGAUGUUGUAUAUAGACAUGAAAAGGCUUAUGCUCCAAAGCUCUGAUAAUAAUCAGUGAGUCAUGUUGCAUUAUUCAAAAGGGUUUGUCUUUUUUCUGUGGCCAUUAAAGUGUAUUUUUGAUCCAAUUAAAGCUAAAAUGCAUUUAACUGGGUACCAUUUGUUGAGUUCUAAUGGUCAUUUAAAAGCUUUAUAGAAUUGCAAUUGCAACAAUGCAGCUGAUAUAAUCUGAAGUCCUCUAGUGAACAUCAUCGGUCAAGGCUGUUCAGUUGCAGAUUGAUGUUCUUUUCUCAGUCAUAGCUGUGCAGAAAAAAUUAUUUAUCUGAACAUCCAAGAGCAGCAAAAAUCCAAAGACUCCUCAUAAUUACUUAUCACAGCUCGAGCUUCAUUUGAACUUUCUUCAUCUGCUGUGUUUAGGAGGCAUUUGUUCACCAUUUUCACCUCUGUAAUGUCACAGUUUUUUUCUCUUAUAUUGUAUGUGCCGGUUCUCAUUUCUGUAGUGUACCUUUUGCAUGUGAGGAAUAAAUGUAACCAUGCAUGGUCCAA